GGCACUUCCCGCGGAGCCGAGAGGCGCAGCCGCGCCCGCCGGGGAUGGGAGCGGCGGCGCCGGGGCCGCGGGCGCGCGGGGGCCGGGGCGGAGGGCGCAGCCCCCCGGGGCGGCCCGGCCGAGCCGCCGCCUAGCCGCGAGCCAUGCCAGUGCCCGUGCCCGAGCGGCCCCGCCGGGAGCGCGGCGCCGGCCCCGCCGCGGGGCCCCGGGGGCAGCGGCUCGCCCCGCCGCCGCGCUGAGCCGCGCCGAGCCGCGCCGCGCCGGGCCGCGCCAUGCCCGCCGGCGUGGCCCCAUGGAGCCAUGGCGCAUAGGGCGCCGAGCGGGCGGGCCGUGGCUCCAUCCCGGCGGCUGGCGCGGAGGGUGCUCUUCCUCUUCACGCUGUCGCUGUCCUGCUCCUACCUCUGCUACAGCCUCCUCUGCUGCUGCGGCGGCCCCGCCGCGCCCCGCGCCCGCUGCGCGCCCGCCCGCAGCGCCGCCGCCGCCAAGAAACUUCUGCAGAAGUCGCGGGCGUGCGGGCGGCCUCCCGCAGAGCCUCCGGGCAGCGCCGCGCCCGCCCGCCGCCCUCGGGAGCCCCCCGCCCCGCCCGCCGGCAGCGCCCCGGGCCCGGCCCGUCCGGGCAGCAAGCGGCUGCCGCAGGCCAUCGUGGUGGGCGUCAAGAAGGGCGGCACCCGCGCCGUGCUGGAGUUCAUCCGCGUGCACCCCGACGUGCGCGCCCUGGGCACCGAGCCCCACUUCUUCGACCGCAACUACGACCGCGGGCUGGAGUGGUACAGGAGCCUGAUGCCACGCACACUCGACAGCCAGAUCACAGUGGAGAAGACCCCCAGCUACUUUGUCACCAAGGAGGCCCCACGGCGGAUCUUCAACAUGUCGCGGGACACCAAGCUGAUCGUGGUGGUGCGCAACCCCGUCACCCGCGCCAUCUCGGACUACACGCAGACGCUCUCCAAGAAGCCCGACAUCCCCACCUUCGAGGGGCUGUCCUUCCGCAACCGCAGCCUGGGCCUGGUGGACACCUCCUGGAACGCCAUCCGAAUCGGGAUGUAUGCCGUGCACCUGCAGAGCUGGCUGCAGUACUUCCCCCUCUCUCAGAUCCACUUUGUCAGCGGGGAGAAGCUGAUCACCGACCCGGCUGGGGAGAUGGGCAAAGUGCAGGACUUCCUGGGCAUCCGGCGGGUCAUCACCGACAAGCACUUCUACUUCAACAAGACAAAAGGCUUUCCUUGCCUGAAAAAAACAGAGAGCAACAGCUCACCGCGCUGCCUGGGCAAAUCCAAGGGGAGGACUCACGUGCAGAUAGACCCCGAGGUGAUAGAGCAGCUUCGGGACUUUUACAGACCUUACAACAUCAAGUUCUACGAAACGGUCGGGCAGGACUUCAGGUGGGAAUGAGCAGCCGGGAGCGGAGCUGCGGUGACGUGAGCUGCAGUCUUCCACGGGGCAGUGGGGGGAGGCAGGGCCAGGACCUGCACCAACCCCAUCCUUCCUGCAGCCACGGCACGGCAGGAGGGGGCCAGGCUGCUGCGGGGUGAGCGGGGCCGGGAUCACAGUGUCCCGCUGCAGCUGCAGGGCAGGAGCCACAGGUGCUGCCAUCCCAAUGCACAGCUGUGGAGCCCCGUGUGGUGGUGCUGUGGUGACGGCCCCACUUCCAGGGUAUGUCCCUCCUCAGCACCCCAGAGGGAACCGGGCAACCGGAACAGGGGAUGUGCCCAGGACAGGCAGGGCUCUGCUACCCACUGCUUUCUGUCCCUGCAGAGCAGUGUGUCCGUCAGGAGGGUGAGAUGUAUCUGCUUGAAACAAAACGUCUUUGAAACAUGUUGUACCAAUAUUUUGUCCUGUGAAUAAAGCACAGAAUCCUGCUGUUACGGGUACUUUAGUGGCACUAGCGUCCUUGUUCAGCAUGUGAUCCCUUGUGUAAAUAAAAGCGGCUACCACCGGUCCUUA